GGGCGGCCGCGGACGGCCGGCGCCAUCUUGGUCGGCGGCGCGGAUUGAAUGAGCCCGCCGAGCCGCGGCCGCCGUGAGGAACCGCGCGGGCCCCGAGGAGCCGCCGACGCCGCCGCUGCCGCCGCCAUGGCCACGGCCACGCCGCUGUCCGGCCGCAAGGGCGGGCCCGCCACGCCGCUGUCGCCCACGCGCCUGUCGAGGCUGCAGGAGAAGGAGGAGCUGCGCGAGCUCAAUGACCGCCUGGCGCACUACAUCGACCGCGUCCGCGCGCUGGAGCUGGAGAAUGACCGGCUCCUGCUCAAGAUCUCCGAGCGGGAGGACGUGACCACGCGCGAGGUAAGUGGCAUUAAGACGCUGUACGAAUCGGAGCUGGCCGAUGCCCGCCGAGUGCUGGAUGAGACAGCCCGGGAGCGGGCCCGCCUGCAGAUCGAAAUAGGGAAACUGAGGUCUGAGGUGGAAGAGGCGAACAAAAGCUCCAAGAAGAGGGAUGGUGAGCUCACGGUGGCCCAGGGCCGCGUGAAGGAACUGGAGUCCCUAUUCCACCGGAGUGAGGCGGAGCUGGCCGCAGCCCUCAGUGAUAAGCGCAGCCUCGAGAGUGAUGUGGCCGAGCUUCGGGCCCAGCUGGCCAAGGCAGAGGACGGUCAUGCAGUGGCCAAGAAGCAGCUGGAGAAGGAGACGCUGAUGCGCGUGGACCUGGAGAACCGCUGUCAGAGCCUGCAGGAGGAGCUCGACUUCCGCAAGAGCGUCUUCGAGGAGGAGGUGCGGGAGACACGCCGGCAGCAUGAGCGGCACCUAGUGGAGGUGGACAGCGGCCGGCAGCAGGAGUACGACUUCAAGAUGGCACAGGCACUGGAGGAGCUGCGAAGCCAGCACGACGAGCAAGUGCGGCUCUACAAGCUGGAGCUGGAGCAGGCCUACCAGGCCAAGCUGGACAAUGCCAAGCUGUGCUCUGACCAGAAUGAUAAGGCCGCCAGCGCUGCCCGUGAGGAGCUGAAGGAGGCACGCAUGCGAGUUGAGUCCCUCAGCUACCAGCUCUCCAGCCUCCAGAAGCAGGCUAGUGCAGCUGAGGACCGGAUCCGGGAGCUGGAGGAGGCCAUGGCCGGGGAACGUGACAGGUUCCGGAAGAUGCUGGAUGCUAAGGAGCUGGAGAUGACGGAAAUGCGAGAUGUGAUGCAGCAGCAGCUGGCCGAGUACCAGGAGCUGCUGGACGUCAAGCUGGCUCUGGACAUGGAGAUCAGCGCCUACCGCAAGCUGCUGGAGGGCGAGGAGGAGAGGCUGAAGCUUUCGCCCAGCCCAUCGUCACGGGUCACCAUCUCAAGGGCCACCUCGAGCAGUGGCAGCAGUGUGUCCAUGAUGGGACGCUCUGGCCGCAGCAAGCGGAGGCGGCUAGAGACAGAGGAGCCACCGGGCACAGGCUCCAGUGGCAUCAGCUCGGGCAGCAGCAGCAGCAGCUUCCACCUGGCCCAGCAGGCCUCAGCCUCGGGCAGCGUUAGCAUUGAGGAGAUCGACCUGGAGGGCAAGUUUGUGCAGCUGAAGAACAGCUCUGACAAGGACCAGUCUCUGGGGAACUGGAGGAUCAAGAGGCAGGUGCUGGAAGGGGAGGAGAUUGCCUACAAGUUCACACCCAAGUAUGUGCUUCGGGCUGGCCAGACUGUCACGGUGUGGGCAGCUGGUGCAGGAGUGGCCCACAGCCCCCCAUCGACACUUGUGUGGAAGAGUCAGAACAGCUGGGGCACAGGCGGGAGCUUCCGGACUGUCCUGGUCAACGCCGAUGGGGAGGAAGUGGCCAUCAGAACGGUGAAACAGUCCUCGGUGGUGCGGGAGACCGAGAACGGGGAGGAGGGAGAAGAAGAGGGGGCCGAGUUUGGCGAGGAGGAUCUUUUCCAUCAGCAGGGGGACCCGAGGACCACCUCGCGAGGCUGCCGCGUGAUGUGAACGGAACACGCCUCAUCACACCUUUCUUUCCCCAGAGCCACUGAAGACUAUUUUUAUAUCAUUGGCUUUCUUCAGUCAUUCACACAUUUCUAGAGAAUUUUUAAGCAAACUGCCAGGAUGUGGGGUGGGUCUCUGUUCUAUUCUGUCGGUGGGUUUCUAUGGACCCUCCCUCCAACCACUGUCCAGGUGUCUUUCGGUGCCCGUUUCCCGUGGGUUGGACUCCAGGCCUAGGAACCUAAUGGCUGAUGGGUUUGGUCGUGGAGGCUGGAGGGGCCCACGUACUGCCCCUCCCUCCCCAGUCUAAUGGGGUGGCAGAGAAGCCGCAGGGAUUCAGUAGGUGUCCUUUGUGUUAUUAAGCUUUUAAAAACCAAAAUCAGAGUCCAGGUUCCUGCCUGGUGAGACAGGGGUGUCCCCAGUGGGUUUGGUGGCUCUGCCCACCAGAAGGUGGUGUGGGAGCUCUUGGAGUCACAGCUUUUACUGUCCGCCUGGCUUCAGGGCUGUUGCAGCUCCUGCUCUGAAGGUGGUGGUGGCAGCAGGGUUUCCCGCCGGUGUCAAUCAGGGCACCGUGGGGUGGGGGCUCCUUGUUCCUAUGCGGCUGCCUGACAAGACCAGUAGGACAGGAGAGGAGGGAACCUGGGCAGGAGCACUUCCAACCCAAGACGCAACCAGGUCCAGCGAGGGCCCAGUGUGAACUCGGCAGCACACGCCUCAGUUCCAGAACCAGGUCCACGUGUAACCACGUGUAGCCUCCUGUCACGAAGACACUGACUUCAGGGUGAGCCCCUGGAUGCCCCCCACAUACACCUCGUGCCGGGGCUGAAUGCCAGCCUCCCGCCUCCCCUCAUAUAUAUAUAUAGGGUGACCCCAAAAAUGCAC